UGGGGCACUACGAUCGUGACAUACAGCAUACAACAGCAGCUUUCAACUAGUGAUACAAUACAUAUUUGGGUUUUGUUUUUGUUGUGAUAUAUGUUUAAUAUAAAUACAUUUCCUAACAAGAAAUCAAAUUGUAUAUGUACCCACAUUUCUUAAUAGAUUUGAGGUAGAAAUAUGAAGCAAAUACAAAUCUUUUUAUAUAAAUAUUUUUAUUUGAAACAUCCUCUGUAAUCACAAUCAGUCAUUUAAGGUCACUGUUCCUGUAAAACAUGUUUAAAAUUAAACAUUGUUGAUGCCAUUGGGAUUGUUUUAUAACAAUAAAUAAACGUUCUUUGCAACAAAGUGAAUUUAUAUAUCUGAAAUAUAAUUUAUGCAAAUAUGUCAUUUACUAUAAAUUCACAGGAAAAUUAUAAGAAUUAUUUAGUUCAGCCGCAAUCUAUGAAUUUUAUUUGCCCGGUAUGUGACUCUGUAUAUGUAAAUAAAAAAGAAUUUUAUAGCCAUUUACAUAUUCAUGCUGGAGAUGUAUUGAAACAAAUGCAACACUUAAAACCAAAUAUAAUCAAUGAAUCAAAGACAGAGCUGAAAUGUUGCAAUCAGAAAAAGAUUAAUGAUAAUUUAUAUCAAGCUGUAUUAAGGCCUUUCAAAUGUCAACAAUGUAACUUAACAUUUGAUAGAGCCUCUCAAUGCGAUUAUCAUCACAGAAGUAUACAUUUGGGCGAGAAAUCACAACUUUGUGAAAUCUGUGGUAAAGGCUUUUUCAGAAAAGCAGAUUUAAGAACACAUUUGAAUAUACAUUUAGGUACAAAUUUUUGUAUCUGUGAGAUUUGCGGCAGAAAAUUUAAUCAUGUAUCUAAUUUAAUUAGACACUGCAGAAUGCAUGCUGGGGUGAAACCAUAUCCAUGCUGUAUUUGUGGUAAACGUUUUACUCAGAUCAGUUCUGUAGUAAGGCACAAACGUAUUCAUGAAAGAUUGAAAAAUGAUAUUAAGCAACAGUUACAAAACAGUUAUGAUAAUAUUAAUAUGGAGAAUGAAGAUCAAGCUGUAAAUAAGGACAAGUUUGUUGAAGGUCAUGUAUCUGUUCACCAAAAGGUUAUUAAGAGACAACAUUAUUGUAAAAUUUGUGGUAAAAGUUUUAGUUUUAUUUUUCUCUUAAGGGAACAUGAGAAGAUUCAUUCACAAGAUACUGCUAAUUUGGAGUGCAAAAAUAAUGACAUGCUUUCGAAAGAAAAUGAAAAAUAUAACUGCAAUGCAAAUAAUAUUGACCUUCCUGAGGAUGAAACAAGUAUGAAAAAAGUAUUGCCAUUGGAUACUAUUAUUUAUAUCACUUCAGAACAGUUAAAGAAGAUCAACCUGGAAAAUAUUGAAGAUAUCAAAGAUCAGGUUCCACAAGAACAUCUAAAUGAACCAAAGGAGAAGAUUUUAACAACUAAUGAACUAAGUGUUUCUGAGAAGAUAGUAGUAUUUAGCAAUGACCAAACUCAGUUCAUUCAUGAUAAUCCCAUUUUAUUAUGUAAAACUAGUGAUUCUAUAGAAAAAGGAAAUGUAGCUUAUGUCUGCCAAGUAGAUGAAAAUAUACUUAAAAAUACAUUAAGUAUACAAUCAUGCGAAUCAGAUAUACAAAAAUUAGAAACAUUGCAAAAUUACAAUAAUCUGACAAAUGCUUCUCUAAAUGUAACUGAUAUGUUUCAAAAAAUAGAUUUAUCAGAACCCCAUACCGACGAACAAAUUAAUUCUGAUUCAAAUUUGCAAGAUCACCAAGAAAUAAAUUCUGGACAAGCUGAAAAAAUUCCUGACGAUUCAAGCGAUGUGGAUAUUACAAACCACGAUGAAUCAAUGUUGCGUUUAGUACAGACAGAAACAGGAGAACAAUUUUACGAAUUUUUGAUCAAUAAUUUAGUGGAAAAAUUGCCAAGCACGCAAUCUGCAAAAGUUUCUGGAAACGACGAUGAAAGUGCAAAUAUAUCAGAGAAUGUAACAAAUAAUUGCUUGGAUAUUAAAAGUACGAAUGAAGAUAUUCAUCAGGAAGAAAAUAUACGUGAUGAUAUACAUAAUGAUCUAAGUUAUACACCAUAUGAGUUACAACCAACUGAUUUUGAUAAAUAUGUCGAAACGAACUUUGAAGUUUUUGAAAGAUUAAAUUACGACGACAGUUCAGAACGACUUUUUGAAUUUGUUGAAACUACAGGGGUGGGGAAAAUAUCUGAAUGUAAAGAAAGCGAACAAUUUUUACAGUUUCAAAACUUUAAUAAAAUUGAUGCAAUACAACAGAAUGAAAAUAGUACUAUUAUUAAUGAUAAUGAAGAGAUUAUUAACAAGGACCCACCGUGUAACAUACUGAAUCAAAUUAAUGAACCAAAUGAAGAUCAAGCACAAAGAAACGAUUCGAUUGAAAACAAUGAAAAAAUAGAUCAACAGGAUUCGAAAAUUUCAAAAGUAGUCGCUAUAAAGUUUCAAUGCACAGUGUGUGAAAAAUCAUUUUCAACUAGUUAUAACUACAAACAACAUAUAGGCACACAUUUUGCUGAUCAACAAAAGUUUCAUUGUAAGGAAUGCAAAAUGUCCUUUGCUUGGAAAUCAACAUUAAACAAACAUAUUGCAAGCAACCACAGACCUGAAGGUCCGCAAAGAUUUGCAUGUGAUAUAUGUAAAAAAAUAUACAGUACUUCUUCUCAAGUAAAUGAACAUGUGAAACGUGACCACUUGAAAGAACGAAAUCACGUUUGCUCGCAAUGUGGUAAAUCGUUUUUUAAAAAAUAUGAUUUGAAAAUACAUAAUAGAAUUCAUACGGACGAGCGACCGUACGUUUGUCGCGCUUGUGGAAAAAGAUUCCAUCACCGAAGUCAUAUUAUUCGUCAUGAACGUAUACAUCUUUAAGAAAGAAGUAAACCCACGUUAUUUGUGGUUGGAUACGAAAUACAAUAAAUAUUAGUAAAACAUGCACAAUUUUUAUAUUAUUAAAUUAUUGAUUUGUUGUUUAUUCUGAUAUCUAUAUUAUAAUAGAUAUUGAAUAUUGUAAUGUAACUAAUGAAAAUGUAUCAUGGAUCAUAUUUUUUCA